CCGUCCCAGCCGUAUCCGAACGUUGCAAAGCGCCGCUCCAUCGAUCGAUCGAGUGAUCAAACCCAUCGCUGUAUCUGCGCCAUGUCGACCCUCCAGGCUCAGCUGAAGCAGCAGCUCCAGCACAACAGGGCAAAUGUCCUCCCCCGCACCAAACCCUCGCUGCUCUUCGAUCAGAAACAGGCCGGCGAUAUCGACCGCGACUCGCUCUUUGCGCUCGGAAAGAACGGCCUUGCCGAGCUCAUUCGCCAGGAUCCCGCCCGCUUCGAGUCGUUCGAUGCCACCCUGUUCUCGGAGAGCCUCAAGAACCUCGACCGCACCCUCCAGAACAAGGAGGACAACGCCAAGCUCGACGAUAUCAUCCACACCUUCUUGAGAAGCCUCUCUCCCUACUUUCUGCAGCAGUGCGCCCUCAAGGCUCUGGAGUGGCUCCUUCGCCGUUUCAGAAUUAACGAAUUCAACGUCGAAGCCAUCAUCGAGUGCAUCUUGCCGUAUCAUGACUCGCGCCAGUUUGGCCAGAUGCUCUCGCUGCUGAUCAUCGACCAAGACUCUCGCUGGGGCUUCCUCAAAACCGUGCAGAAGACGUCGGUGCCCAUCGAUCGCUCGACCUUGGUGCAGCGCUGCAUCAUGGAUCGAUCCGUUCUCGAUUUUAUCUGCGGAAUGGUCCUGCGCUCCAUCACCUAUAAGAUCCCAAACCGCACGCUGUACUCGUUUUUCACAGCGAUCUCGCUGCAGUACCUGCAAGCCCUCAAGACCGUCAACGAUGGCAACACGCGUAUGCUUCUGACCACCGUCCUCGAGAUCACCACCUUUGACUUUGACGAAGCCAAUCCGCUGAGCCUCGAUGUCUAUGCGGCCGCCUACAUGAUCAUCGGCCAGAUCGCGGCCAAGACGCCUCUCGAUACCGAGGUUCUGCUCUCGAUCAUCUCGGUCCUGGCCAUGAACCAAGCCGCCGCUCUGGAGUAUCCCUCGAUUCUGUGUCUUCUCACCAUCUGCGAGACGCAGCCGUCGCUCCCUCCCCUGCCCGAAUCGGCCUUGCAGAGCAUUGCUUCACUUGGCUCGCUUCUCGAGUACCUUGCCAAGAUCCGCAAGGUUCACCGCGCCGACAAGUUUGUCAUGUAUCUCCUCAAGGCACUUGUUCUUUCGAAGAAUGAGUCCAACUACAAGCUGGUGGCCAGCAUCCUUCUGCAGGAGACUUUCCCCCUUGCACUCGUUGGUGAUCUGUUCCGCUUGGUUUGCGAGAUCUAUCUCAGCGAUGCCUCUAUUCAGCAGCACACGGGUCGCAUUGCGGGCAUCUUGCACAGCAAGUACGCCCAGGAGUUUGAUCGCCUCAUUGAAGCCAUCUUUUCGGAGCUUCCCUCCAGAGAUACCCCCGAGGGUGCUGAAAAGCAUGCUGCCCUCUUCCGCUUCCUUUCCGAGUCGAUCAAGGGUACGAUCCACAAGUCCAUCUCCGAGAGCACCACGUUGUUCUUCAGCCUGCAGCACAGCGAGUCCAAGGCACGUCUCCUGGCUGUCAACCACGUCAAGUCCCUGAUCCGCGCUGAAGCCGAUGUGGAUGUCCUUCCCGAGUACAUCCGUGAAGCGGUCAUGGACAGACUCCGGGAUGAUGCGCAUGAUGUCGUCGCGGCCUGUCUCGCCAUUCCCCAUCUUGAGCUCUUCAGUGCCCAGGACCACUUUGUCGACUCGCUGGUCUAUAUCACCACCAACCGCCACAGCGGCCACGGCCUGAACCGCAUCGCCGCGCUCAAAAAGCUUCACGCGAUCUAUGGGGGCAAGAAGACUGCAGGCGAUGUGCCCGAUCAUGUCCUGGUUGCCGUGCUCUCCUCGCUGCUGUUCACUCGAGUGAACGCCUCGGUCGCCGAGUACGUUGUCGAGGUCGCCACCAAGCCCUCGUCUCUUGUCCAUCGCUUCAUCAAGCCGAGCAGCAUGGUCAAGAGCAAAACCAGCGGCACCCACGAAGCCCUUGAUCACAUCACCACGAUUACCAGCGAUGCUGCCUCGAAAGACUCCGAGGUCUUGGAUUUUUACAUCAACGGCCUUGGCUCGGAGGAUCCGUAUCUGCGCAUUCUAAGCGCUCUUGUCCUUGCCAAGUACAUUUCGGUUCCCCAGAAUGCCAAAGCCCACAACCUCGGCAAGCUUGUCCCCGUGAUGCUCAAUGCCAUUGUCGCCCGCAUCGCCCAGGAUCCGUCCAGCAAAGGCGCAUGGACCAUCGCCAAGGGCGCCCGAGUCUUCCCCGCCGAGCUGACCAGCCUCAUCGAGGGCGCGACGCGCGCUGAUAUCGCCGCUAACAAGUCGAUCGAGCUGCGUGUCUACUCGUACCUGCUCAACACGCUCCUGGUUAAUCUCGAGCGACCCAGCGGCAAGUCGGUUGCCUGGCUGGACCCGACUCAAUCCGACAAUGAGGUCAAAGAGUACAAGGAAAUCAUCGGCCACGUCUUCGCGUCUCUCGCCACGCACACUUCUGCUCCCAUCUGUGUCGAUGGCAUCAAGAUCCUGUUCUCCGCGCAUCUCCACACGGACACCUUGGAGUUCCUGUGCUCAAUCUGGACCCUUGGAGAGAACGAGUCGUAUUCCUCGCUGCGGGUCGCCGCCCUUGAGGUGGCCGCGCUCUUCAUCAACUCGAGCACCGAAUCCGGCAGCAAGCCUCGCGACUACCAGAUCUUGAUUCCCUCGCUUCUGGUGCCACUCCUCAGUCCUGCCAGAGCCAUCCGUGAGAGCGCCACUCUCUGUCUCGAGGCUGUCAAGCAGGCUUACCAGAAGGCGCUGCCGACUGCCUCGCCCAAGGGCAAGUCCUCGAUCCCGAUCUUUGCCUAUGACGAGUUCUAUGGCCAGUCCUCCAAGAAGGUCCAGUAUCUCACUGCCGAAGCCGGUCGCCAGUUCGUCAGCAACAUUUUGCUGUGCUCGAAUGAGAUCCGAACGGACGCAAGCUUCUUGCAGCACCACAUGAAGGAUCUGCUCUUCAAGGACCGCAACAGAUGCCAGGAGGAUCUCUUGUGCUUCAUCCUCUCAAGCACCUUGGCCUUCAACCUGCCCUUCCCUCAGGCCCGCCUCCUGAGCACCCUCAGCUUGAUCGACACCCCGGUCAAGUCCAAGAUGCUUCAUCCUCUCCUCGACUCGAUGCUCCGUAAAAAGCGCACCGAGACUGUGGGUGUCUACGAGCAAGAGUUGCUGCGUCUGAUUAUCCAGUGCUACACCCCGGCAGCCACCGCCGCGCUGUUCUCGUCUCAGUCCAAGUACCUCCGUCUGUUCUGUCAUUUGAUCAGCCCCGAUCCCGUGGUCUCGGGGGUGCCUGCAAGCCCGGCAGUGGUCCAGGAGCUCGCAAUCUCACAGAUUGGCGCCCAGUGGUUCCAAGCUGCUCCUGCGCUCUCGCAGUACUUAAUCUUCGAAUCUCUUGUCAAUUUGUGCACCGCCGCCGCCGGCGAUCUCCUCGCUCGUGUCAAGGACUGUCUGUGUGCGCUCACGGUCUCCUCCGAGCUCGUAGCUGCUCAGCUGAGUCAAUGCCAGCAGGGCCUUGCCCACGACGACGAGCGCGCUGAAUCCAAGCGCCAGCGUGUUGGCAGCUCGGCCCACAACGACCAGCACCUCUAUAAACUCUCGUCGCUGCUCGAGCUCCUCGAAACCAACCUUCAGGUCACCAGCAAGCACCACCUGGUUACUCCGCUCUUCGAUGUCCUCGGAUUGAUCAUCAACACCCAAGUCCCUGACUCGCCCGUGUCCAUGGAGUAUAUCAAGCAGCUUAUUCUCUCGAGUCUCUUGAGCAUCGUCGAGUCGAACAAGGAACCGGGUGUCAUCACCGACGAUACCUUGAGGGUCGAUCUGAUUGUACAGUGCAUUCGAGUUACCGAGAAUCCCCAGACGCACAACGCCUCGCUCCUGCUUCUGGCCUCGAUCGCCACGAUCUACCCCGACAAUGUCCUCGCCAACGUCAUGCCCGUGUUCACCUUCAUGGGCGCCAACGUCCUACGCCAGGACGACAACUACAGCUUCCAUGUGAUUCAGCAGACGCUUGAGACCAUUAUUCCUCCUCUGGUCGACAAGUUCAGGACUCAGGCUGGUGAUAAUUCGCGCAAGCUGAUUCAAGACAUCAAGCCGGUUGUGAAGGUCUUUAUCGAUGCGCUCUUCCACAUCCCCAAGCAUCGCCGCCUCAGACUCUUCACUGUUCUGGUCUCGACCCUCGGCAGCGACCAAUUCCUCAGCACCAUCAGCGCGCUCUUGGUCGAGAAGACCAUCUCAAAGAGAUCCACCGUGACCUCGGCGGCCGAAGUUGCUGGCCUCCCAGAGUUCAAUUUGUCGGUCCUGCAUUACUUUGAGUCCAGAACCCAGGUCAAGGCCAUGGAUCAGCUCAUCCAAACCCUGAUCGAGCUGCCCGACUCCAAAUUGGAUAACGAGGUCGAGCAUCCCCUGUUCGGGGUUCAGUCUCAUUCGGAGCGCGAGCUGCGCUACUUCAAACUGUCGUGUGUGGACCUGAUUGUGCAGCUGCUUGGAUCCAAGCCCUUCUUGUCUAAGCUGCUGAGUCUUUCGGAAGAAGCACGGACGCGCUUGGAGGACAGCCAUCUUGGAUUGAUCGAGCAGCUGCUCAAGCUCAUGAGCCACGUCAACACAUCCAAGGAGGCCGCCGAAAAGUCCCAAGAGCACAACACAAUCAAAUACUGCAAAGCCAUAUCCAAGAAGCUGCACGACGCCCUCGGCAAGGUCAACGCCCUCCUGUCGCUCCCCGUGUUUAUCAAUGUGAUCUCGGCCCUCUUGAACAACAGCGAUAUGCUCGUCCGCCGCAGAAGCAUCGUGCUUCUCAACCAGAAGCUCACUGCCAUCCAGCACGAAAUCACCAAGGAUGAGGUGCAGCUGUUCGAAAAGGUCAUCGAGGACCUCAAGCGCAUCAUCGGCGGUGUCGACGCGGCCGCCACCGAAGAUGCCCUCAUCAACAAGCAGAUGGCCCUCAUCUGUCUCGGCACCAUGGUGAACUCGAUGGCCGUCUUUGACAGCGACACCUUUGCUGGCAUCAUGCCCAUCCUCGUCGGCAAGGGCGCCCUGGGGCACAGCAGCCCCCAAGUCAUGGCGUCGGCCAUGAUUUGCAUUGCGGCGUUCUGCAAGGAGCUUGGUCCACGCACUGUGCCAUUCCUCCCAAAGCUCAUGCAGCCAAUCGUUGCCGUCUUUGGCGCCUGCAUUGAGGCCACCGGUGGCCGAGUCGGCGAGGGUGCCAACGGCGCUCUUCUGCUCACCGUGGUGUCGUCGCUGGAGGCAAUAAUUGCGGUCGUUCCCCAGUUCGUCGGCUCGUACGUGCCGCAGAUCCUCAAGUGCGCGCUUCACCCGCUGAUGCAACGCGCAGAUAUCGAUAGCCCUGAUGGCAAGAAGCUGGUCGAAAAGAACAAGGAUCUCCUUGGUACGCUCGCUGAGAAGGUUGCAGCCCGCACCCUCGUUCCUGCCAUCCUCGCUCGUCUUGCUCCUGUCCUCAACGACGGACGAAACUCGAUCCUGGCCCUCUUCGACUUUGCCGCCAACAUGACUCGACACAUGCCCAAGAACGACAUCUACGCCUUCCAGAGCGACCUGUUCAAAUUCUUUGUGGGUGCUUUCGACUAUCGCCGCGGCUUCAGUGAUCGCGUCAAGCCCGAAGACGUCGACGCUGUCGAGGCCAGUAUGAUUUCAUCGUUCUUGCAGCUUGUCAUGAAAAUGAACGAGUCGCUCUUCAAGCCCAUGUUCCUCAAGCUCGUCGACUGGUGCACGUCGCGUGUGCUCGAGCAGAACGGGAUGAGCAAGAAAGAAAUCCAUUGCCGCCAGCUCUUCUUCUAUCGCCUCUUGGACAAUUUGCUCGGACGACUCAAGUCGAUUAUCGUUCCCUACUUUGGAUAUGUCAUCGACAACUGCAUCCUCCAGCUGAAUCACUUUGUCAAGGCAGAGGCGUCCGAUCCUCUCUGGACGUACAUCCUGAUGUCUAUCCACAAGUGUCUCUUGUUUGAUAAUGACGGCUUCGUUGAUAACGAUAAGUUUGACAAGCUACUGGCGCCUCUCUGCAACCAGAUCGACAACAUCAAUGGGCACGGCGACGAGUACAUGGUCAAAAUGACGACAUAUCUCGUCCCAUGUCUCGGCCAGCUGGCUGUCACUUGCGCAAAGGAGUCCAACUGGAAACCCUUGAACAACAAGAUCCUGAUGAAAUCCCGCAGCGAGAGCCCCGAGAUCCGCACAGUCUCCCUGCGCGUCGUCAGCGAGUUUUACAGCCGCAUCGGCGAGGAGUUCCUGGUUCUGCUGCCCGAAACCAUCCCCUUCCUUGCCGAACUCAUGGAAGACGACGACGAAGGUGUCGAGAAGCUCUGCCAGGAGGUCUGCGCGCAGAUCCAACACUACCUUGGCGAGCCCAUCCAGCAGUACUUCAACCAGUGA